CUUUUGAUAUUAAUAUUCCGUGUAGGUGGCACGGAGUUACUGAAAUUGGAAAUGCGCCCCAACAUUCAGUAGCUCAUUAUCGUGAUCAGUUAUCAUUGAUUCGUCCGGGCCAGAUUGUAUCCUGCCCGAUUACUGCAUUGAUUCGACCGCAUCCUACUUGUGCGACACAUAUUUGGUGUGCUGGUCAUUUGUCGAGGCACACGAGGCUGGACGCGUUUGCCGACAAUUCAACCGCUACCAGCGUAUUCCUCAGUAUUGUGAUAGGAUGCUACAUAAUGCCGGACAUCUGUCUAAAAGUCACCGCCGUGGGAGGAAGGGCGCCGAUUGGGCUAAGGUACAUAAAUUCUACAUUGAAGAAUGGGAUUUGAGACACCACAGGUUCCAAGCAAAUUUUGAUCAUGCCACGAUGACCAUGGAUGGUCGCAUUAAUCCGGGCUAUAUGGCGUGGUUCAAUAGGAUCACAGUGUCGUACCUAGUUCAACCUGUGACACAGUCAACGGUUGGGAUGAACGAGUCAGCAUCUUCUAUGAUGAAAUUGGUCGAGACCAUUCAGGGGAUAUGGCAUUUGACCUCUGAACACGACACAGACCCUCGAUUACGGCAGAUUCGUGCAAUGGCUGCUGAUGCGCUUCGUACUACGGACCAUACUGAUGUGAUGGAGUAUCCAACAUCGCAACGGCGAAAUGUGGUCAUGCCGCCACACCCACCAACUUCUCUUCGUCAUGGACUGCCGGGUGUCCGGACGGGAGGACACGGGAUUACACGACAGCAUAGGUUGUCGCAGCAGCAACCUCCGCAACCUGAUUAUGCGGUACCAGAGCCCUUGAGUCCGGAGCACGAUCCCCCAGGAUGGUCUCAGUUGAGUGGUGCAAGCCAUGAGCCCUCGCAAUGGGGAGCACGGGCAUCAUGUGAUUCGUUCUUUGGCGGUGGGUCUGAUUGGGGUGCAACUCAACCAGGGCGUUGGUUUAAGAAUAUUUUCAAUGGUGCAAUUUUUGAACAAUUUCGGUAA